UAACUUAGAAAUACAUAAUACCAAAUUGCUUUAAAAUUUAUUGCUUUGGUUAUAAAGUCAAAAUUAUUAAAUAAAAUACAAUUUGGAAGCACUCUACGAAAAAUAUGAAUGAUAUAUCCUACUCCAAGCUCAAGCUGCUCUUCAUCAACGUCUUCAACAUACUCCAUAAUGCGGCCUAUUUGAAUGUCUAUCGCUUAUAUUCCGACAUAAGAAACGUUAAAGUGGAGGUUGACAAAUCAGAACAAGAGACUUGGAUCCGAGAGAUCUUCAUAUUUCUCAUCACUGGCCUCGUUGUGGUGCGAUUUUUACUGUGUUUUGUGGGCCUGGCUGCGAGCAUUGUGGCCAUCUAUCCCAUCUUGACCAACUCCCAGGCCGAGCUGCUGAUGCCCACGGUCAUUGUUCAGACCGUUGACAACGUCGUUCUGAACCUCUACGAGAUGAUGUUGGGCUAUGGAAGCCUCUGCUUCCUCUACCCCACCAGCACGCCAGUCUUUGUCUUCUUUCUUGCCAAAUUAAGCCUCAAGAUUGCCCUGAGCAUAUCCGUUUUGAACAUAUACUCGGACCAACACAGCCACUUGGCUAAUUUGGGCAGUUUUCAGGAGGAAAUGUCUAGCUUAGAGCCAGAUAGUAUUGACGAGAUCGAGCUAACUAACCAAAAUUUGAUCUCUUAGACGAGAAUAUACAAACGCAAAAUUUAAUAAAAAAAAUGAAGUUUACUCACCGGUGGAUUCUUAUUGACAUCUAUAAUCUGAAUAAUCAGCAGACCACGGCCCUGAAAGGAAGAAAUCUUUCUUUGAAAACCGAAAAGAUACUUUAUAAGCUUGAGCAUCCUACCUGUUGGACGUUGGGAGCUGUACUAUCUGUAACCAGGACAUUGAUGCGCAUAACGGCAAACAGAUUGCGGUCGAGCUGCUUGUUAACAAGGACCUUUCCGUUCCUGGCGAUGGCGAAGAACUCCUUGAAUUGAUCGUUGUGCGGCAGUUCCUUGCCCUCCUUGUCAAUGGCAGUGAUAUCGUCGGUGGCGGCGAAUUCCAAGGCGUUGUGACUGGCCACAUCAGGAUCAAGGGCAAUUAAAGUGUGCACCAGCUGCCCAGGCGGGGCAUCUGCUCGCACCUCGGCGUGCUGAGUGGCAGGCACGAAGUAGGGAUCCUUGUCAUUGCUGUUCUGGACGUUGAUCGUCAAAGUGGCGGUCCCGGUGAGACUGGGGGUGCCCAGAUCGGAAGCCUGCACCUGCAGCUGGUAGGUGUUGCGGCGAUCAAAGUCAAGUUUGCGGGAAACGAACACCUGGCCAGUGCGCUCAUCAAUGCCGAAGUCGUCGAAACUGCCUUGCUGGAUGCGGUAGCGCAGUUCCGCAUUUUUACCGGUGUCCAAGUCCGUGGCGUGCACCCGCUCCACGCUUGUUCCGAUCUCCGAGUUCUCCUCGAUCACCGCAUUGUAGGAUUCCUGAUCGAAGCUAGGAACAUGGUUGUUCACAUCCCUCACGGUGAUGUUAACCCCGCAGCUGGCCGUGAAGAGUCCGUCAUGGGCCUCCACCACAAAGAUUAGCUGGUCGCUGUUCAGGUUGGUCACGUCCAAGCUGGCAUUCGGACGGAUACUGAUCUGGCCACUUUCGCGGUCAAUGUCGAAAAUGCUCUCCACCUGCUCGGAUCCUCGGAUCCUGUAGCUAAUGCUGGACAUUGUGUCCGCAUCGCGGGCCUUCACAAUCAGAGGGGAGUCAAAAACCACAGAUCCUUCGUCCACACUCGCCCUGUACAGAGGGCUUUCGCAAACGGGAGGCGAGUCGUUGGCAUCCGUAACGGAAAUUCGUAGGGAAACCACGGAUGUGGAGCCGCUUCCGUUAUCAUCGGUGGCCUGUGGAGAAAUUGUUAGUCAGUCUCUAUUUCAUUUUAAUUAGGUUGGAGUUUAAUAUAUCACCUUUCACAUAGGGAAUAUGUCUCAUAAAUAAACUAUAUUAUAUACUCAUUUAUAACAUAACUUCAGUUCUAUUUUUUAAAAUUACAAUUAAUUAUAACAAGAGAGAAAAACUAACUCUGGCACCGCUUGAUACCCUUGCAGUAGGCUCAUAUUGUUCAUAUUGUAGGAUAAUAUCAAUGCAGAAAUAGUAUUUAAAAGGGUUUACAUCCUCUAAAAGUGUUUGUUAGCCACCUCAUACACAAAUAUAUUUGAUGUACAUAUAAAUCAA